UGCAAAAAAAUCUUUAAAAUCCCAAUCCAAUACACCCAUAUAAAUUUCUGCCUAUAACCCAUUAAAAUAUAUUUGCAUUAAGGACGCCAGUUGAAGCUUUCUAAUCACAGGAAGGAGUGAAUCUGUUGGAUCAUCGAUGGGUGAUGUAGCCAAGGACUUGGUUGCUGGCACUAUAGGAGGGGCAUCACAGCUGAUAUGUGGACAUCCUUUCGAUACCAUCAAAGUCAAACUCCAGAGCCAGCCAGUUCCUUUACCUGGCCAGGCUCCUAAAUUUUCUGGAGCAUUUGAUGCUGUCAGACAGACAAUAGCAAGAGAAGGCGCUGGCGGUCUGUUCAAGGGCAUGGGGGCGCCGCUUGCCACUGUUGCAGCCUUGAAUGCCAUCCUUUUCACGGCUAGAGGGCAAAUGGAAGCACUUCUCAGGUCUCAACCUGAUUCUCUGCUUACAGUAAAACAGCAAAUUCUUUGUGGAGCUGGGGCUGGGCUUGCUGUUUCCUUUCCAGCCUGCCCAACUGAGUUGAUUAAGUGCAGACUGCAAGCUCAGAGUGCGUUGCCAGAAGCUAGCUCCGGUGCUGUUGCUGUGAAGUAUGGUGGGCCAAUCGAUGUGGCAAGACAUGUAUUCAAGACUGCAGGUGCUAGGGGUCUCUUUCGAGGAUUGGUGCCUACCCUAGCACGUGAAAUUCCAGGAAAUGCAGCCAUGUUUGGAAUCUAUGAAUGCCUGAAGCAGUACUUAGCAGGAGGACUAGAUACGUCAAAAUUAGGAAGAGGUUCAUUGAUGUUAUCCGGUGGCCUGGCUGGAGGUUCCAUCUGGAUAUUUAUAUACCCAGCUGAUGUGGUAAAGAGCGCAAUCCAGGUUGAUGAUUUCAAGAAACCGAAGUAUUCUGGCUCAAUUGAUGCUUUUCGAAAGAUACUGGCUGCAGAAGGACUCAAAGGCUUAUACAAGGGCUUCACACCUGCAAUGGCUAGAAGUGUUCCUGCAAAUGCAGCAUGCUUUUUGGCUUAUGAGGUAACGAGGUCAAGUUUAGGGUGAUCUUACAUAACAUUUAAUAAAGCAAACUCAAUGCUUGUAGCGAAACACUUGGCGCUGCUUUCAUUUAGAACAGUUUGCCUCAGCUAGCUACAUUAAGCUCAGCUUCCUUUGACUUGGCCAGCAAAAAAAGAAGAAAAGGAUUUGUUUUUUUUUCUUGAUUCCCAGCCCUCUUUCCCAGGAUUGUUUUGUGAUGAGUCCUAGACACUUGGACAAUAUACAAAUUUGUUGCCAAA